AUGACAAACAGCGACGCCAUUAUAUUCCCGGAAAACCCCUUUGAAGAGAUGAAAAGCUGUGUUUUAUUAUCACUGGGUCUAGUUGUGGCGCUGGCUCUACCCAGACACAAAAGACAAGCCAAUAUCGAGGUUUCGCCUGAUAACUGCAACUGCUGGUACGAGGUGUUUGAAGACGGCAGCCAGAGCGGGGACCAGUGCUGUACGGGGGACCUGGUGUACGAUCCCAGUCAGAACCAGUGUGUCUGGCCCUCCGACUACAAUGGGUGCUCGCCGUCAGCGGGGGAUUCAUCACAAGGAAGAAGCACGGAUCCCAAUCCGUGCGUGCCUCUCCCGGACAUCAAUCCGGACCAGUCGUAUCACCGCGCUAUUCCGGGCUUCUGUAACAAGUUCGUCAUGUGUAACCACGGCGUGCCCAACGAAGAGCCGGUGUUCUGCCCCGCCAACGACAACGACAGGGAGACGAUGUUCAACCCGGACCUGCACGGACCCGGCCUCGGCGGCUGCGACCCGCUAUUCGUAGAUUGUGGCGAUCUCGUAGUGAUCCAUCCACGAAAACUCGGAUAGUUUUAU